AGAAAAAGUUUUCCAAAGUUUUUUUUGUGCACUGGAAAGAAAAUUGCGGCCUUUGUUUUUGGCCUAGUUAAUCACUAAAAACUAUUUCCACUGUGUCAUGUGACAGUUCUCAAAGCCAGGUGUCGCGCCACAUGCAACAAAAUGUCAGCGAAAAAUCAAAUCAACGUCUUCAUGGAGAAGUUCAAUACGAAGCUACAAACGUGCCCCAUUGUUUGCAUCAAUGAGCCGGAUACGCAGAGCACCAAUACGGAAAUAUUGCAAACAACGCCAGAGAGCACACUAGAGAAGCCCAAAGCAACAGGAACUGUUGCAGCCAACAACAACAGUUGCAGCAGCAACACCAGCAACAACAACAGCAGCUGCAUCACAAUCAAUGCAACACCAGCAACAGCAGCAGCAGCAACGUCAACAGCAGCAACUGCUGCCACAACAAGCAGCACAGCGGGCGUAACUAAGAUAACAAUAACCAGUGACAACAGUCAGAGCACAGCAUCAACAACAACAACAGCAGCAUACAGCAGCAACAAUAACAACAACAACAACAACAGCUUAAUAUCCAUCACCAGCUUGAACAGUUGCAGUGACUUAAGCCAAGGCAGCACAGCUACGCUUAAGCUUAACAGCAACAGCAGCAGUAACAGCAGCAGCAACAAUUGCCUAAACAGCAGCAGCAGCAGCAGCAGUCGACCCAACGGCAGCGCCAGCGACACCUCCUCGGCUAACUUUCAGGAACGCUUCGACUUCGAGCACUGGAAAAGUAUUUUGAGUGACUUGAGCUGUUUCAAUAGUGUCUAUCGCUACUGGCAACAGUACAGCAGCAACGGCAAUUGCAGCAGCAGCAACAGCGGCGGCAACAGCAACAACGUUUGUGUGGAACAUGCAGAUGAGAGCCGCAGCUUGGGCAACGGCGCCAACUCCUUUUACACCCACAAUAUAUUAGGCUACACCUUUGGCUAUCCAUUUGGAUUGAGCAAGGAGCAAGAGGGCGACGCCCACGACAACAGCAGCAACAGUGGUGCGGGCAACGCAAGUGUUGCUGGCUUCAAGAAAUCGCACAACAGCUGCGAAACCCCCUUGCAGAAACACUACAGACAACAGCAGAAGAAGAAGAUGCCGGUGUUUCGAGGCAGACGCGUCUGGUGCGGUUGCUUCAAGGAUGACGAACCGCCGGAGAUCUGUGUGGUUGAGGGUGAGUUCACGCUGCAAACCCUAACGCCCACACAGCCAAUGCCGUCGGUCGAUGAGCUGGACACGAAAUUCGCCGAACUUGUCGAGGAACUCGAUUUGACGGCGCCCAACAAGGAGGCGAUGCUCAGUCUGCCCGCCCAAAAGAAAUGGCAAAUCUAUUGUUCGCGCAAGCUGCCGAUCGAUGCCAACGAUGGGCCCGACGCAGCCGCCAUUACCCAACCACCGACCGCGGAGCAUUAUAUAGAGCGUUUGAAGGAGCUGGUGGUGCACGUGUCGCUGUCGCCAGAGGACUCGCCCAGCCAUGAGCUCAGCACGCGCAUGGAUAACCAUGCCGCCUUUGUGGACGCACUGAAGACGGCAUUGCGCACCUCGACGCACAGCUUCGUGCUGCGCUUCGUGGAGUUGGAUGGCUUGCCAGCUCUGUUGAAUCUUCUGCUGCAGCUGGACAUACGCGUGGCGAACAGCUCGUUGCAUACCAGUUUGAUUGGCUGCAUCAAGGCGCUGAUGAACAAUUCGAUGGGUCGUGCCCAUGUGCUCGCCCAUCCGACAGCGAUCGACACAAUCGCACGCUCGCUGGCAGCGGACAAUAUAAGAACGAAGAUAUCGGCCUUGGAGAUACUGGGCGCCGUGUGCUUGGUGCCGGGCGGGCAUCGUAAGGUCCUGCAGGCGAUGCUGCACUUUCAGGAGUUCGCAACGGAGCGAACUCGCUUCCAGAGCAUUGUCAACGAUCUGGACCGUUCGACAUAUGCCUAUAGAGAUAAUGUCAAUCUGAAGACGGCUCUGAUGUCAUUUGUGAACGCGGUGCUCAAUUACGGGCCGGGUCAGGAGAAUCUGGAGUUUCGCUUGCACUUGCGCUACGAAUUCCUUAUGCUGGGCAUUCAGCCAGUCAUCGACAAGCUGCGCACACAUGAGAACGAAACGCUGGACAGACAUUUGGACUUCUUUGAGAUGGUUCGCGCCGAGGAUGAGAAGGAGUUUGCCCGUCGCUUCAACGAAGAGCAUGUGGACACCAAGAGCGCCGGCUCCAUGUUCGAGCUGCUGCGCCGCAAGCUGAGCCACUCGCCCGCCUAUCCCCACAUGCUCUCACUGUUCCAGCACAUGCUGCUGCUGCCCUAUACUGGCCACUGCACGGAGCACUGGCUGCUGAUUGAUCGCGUUGUGCAGCAGAUUGUGCUGCAGGUGGAGCAGCGUCCGAGCAGCGAUCUGAUCAGUGAUCCCGAUGAUCCGGGCAAGCAGCUGAAGCUGGCCAGCGAGUCGCCCGUACACGAUCCGGAUGUGGCGCCACUUCAAAUCGAUGUCAACAAAUUGGUGCGAUUGCUGGUCAAGGAGGAGCAGCUGACGCAAGCGCGCAAGCGAGCCGACGAGCUGGAGCGUGAGAAUUUCGAGGUGCAAUCGCGCCUGGCCAAAAAGGAGCAGGAGCUGGACUUGCGCAUGCAGGAGAAGGAGGAUCUGGAGACGGGCUUGGCGCGCAUGCGCGAACGCCUCGAGAAGGAGUCCGCUCAACACUCGCAGGCCGUGCAGCGUGCUCAGACCGCCGAGAUGAAGGCCGAGGAUCUGCAGCAUCGACUGCAAUCCGAGCAACAGGAGCGCGCCCGACUCGAGCGGCUCGUCACCGAGGGCAGCAUACCCGAUGACCAAAAGGUGGCUGGCCUUACUGGCUGCAACGGCGCCGUCUCGCCACCACCACCACCGCCGCCGAUGCUAAAUGCGGCGCCACCGCCACCGCCGCCCAUGGCUCCAGCCAUGUUGCCGCCACCACCGCCGCCCUGUCCAGGCGCGCCACCACCACCACCCAGCAUGACCCCAACAAUGGCUCCCGUUGCACCCAAAGUGGAGUUGCCAAAGAAGAACGUGCCACAGCCAGCAAAUCCGCUGAAGAGCUUCAAUUGGUCCAAGCUGCCCGACGCCAAGCUGCAGGGCACCGUUUGGAGCGAGCUGGACGAGAGCAAGCUCUACAACAACAUGGAACUCGAGUCCAUAGAUAAACUCUUCUCGGCCUAUCAAAAGAAUGGCGUCUCGACCACCGAUGGCUCCUAUGAGGAUUUGCGUGUCUCUGGCAAAAACAAACAGAAGGUGCUCUCUGUUAUCGAUGGACGACGCGCACAGAACUGCACGAUAUUGUUGAGCAAGCUCAAGAUGAGCGACAUGGAUAUAUCCAAAGCGAUACUCUCCAUGGAUAGCAAUGAGCAGCUGGCGCUGGAUAUGGUCGAGCAGCUGCUUAAGUUUACGCCAUCUGCGGAGGAGCGUGCCCUGCUGGAUGAGCACAGCGAGGAUAUUGAGUCGCUGGCGCGCGCGGAUCGUUUUCUCUAUGAGAUAUCCAAAAUUCCACACUAUGAGCAGCGCUUGAAGAGUUUGCAUUACAAGAAGCGCUUCAUGCUGACAGUGAACGAUCUAAUACCACGCAUCACCAGCGUUAUGGAGGCAUCCAGGGAGGUAGCACGUUCGAGACGCUUGCGCAAGUUGCUGGAAUUGGUGCUGGCAUUGGGCAACUAUAUGAAUCGUGGUGCACGUGGCAAUGCGUCGGGCUUCAGGCUCGCCUCGUUGAAUCGCUUGGCGGACACCAAGUCGAGCGCUGCCAAGGGCACCACACUGCUGCACUAUUUGGUGCAGGUGAUUGAGAAGAAGUUCAAGGAUCUGCUCAAGCUAGAGGAUGAUAUACCGCACGUGCGAGAAGCGUCCAAGGUGUCUCUCGGCGAAAUGGACAAGGAUAUACAGAUGCUGCGCACGGGGCUGGCGGACGUGGCGCGUGAAAUUGAAUUCCAUCGCAGCUCGGGACCGGCACAGCAAGGCGAUCGCUUUUUGCCAGUCAUGCGCGAAUUUCAUGCGCAGGCCUCGGUGCGUUUCGCUGAGCUCGAGGACAAGUUCCAGGACAUGAAGACGCGCUUCGAUCGGGCUGUUCGCCUCUUUGGCGAGGAUGGCUCCGUGCUGCAGCCGGACGAAUUCUUUGGCAUCUUUGACUCAUUUCUCGCCGCAUUCGCGGAGGCGCGACACGACAAUGAGAGCUUCCGUCGCCGCCAGGAGGAAGAGGAGAAACGGGCCAAGCAGGAGGCAGAGCUAAAGAAACGCACAAUCGAGCGCAAAAAUAAGUCCGGACUCAUGACCAGCGUUGCUCGCAAUCUGGGCUUGAAGACCGCCAGCAAUGGCAGCGGCUCGGGCAGCGAUUCACUGUCCAAGAGCGACAACAAGGGUGAAUUCGAUGAUCUGAUCUCGGCGCUGCGCACCGGCGACGUCUUCGGCGAGGACAUGGCCAAGUUUAAGCGUUCGCGCAAAGCGCGUAUUUCGAAUGGCUCAGGAGCCGGGGGCGGCGCCGGCGCAGCGGCACCAGCCAGCGGACAGAAUUCGCCGCCGCGCCUUCAGCGGGAGGAGAGCGGCAGGGAGCGUGAGCGCACAGUGAGGCGACAGUAGAGAGUCGACAGCAGAUAGUAGCCAGUGGCCAGUAGCGGCCUCAGCUCAGUAGUCAAAGAACAGUUUCCCCAUUUGAUUUCUCACGUUUUUUGUUAUAUCAUAAGCUAUAUACUUUUCCAUAUAGCUGCAGAUCACCAAAUUUUGUAAACUAAUGACAGUUGAAAACAUGUUGAAGGCAAAACACAACAAUUCAUAGCAAACAAGCUAAAAUAUUAAACUAACUAUAAAGCUAACUCUAAAAACAAGUUACAAACAUUUUUGAAUGUGCUCAGAAGAAGAAUGAGAAAUAGUUAAUGUUGCUAUAUAGUGCUAUACACAUAGCGAAAGGUCAUUAUAGCAGAUACUAUAUAGCAUCUUAUAUUAUAUAUAUAUACAUUAGAUAUGCGUGUGCAAGUUUUGAGGGCGUCUGCGGCCUGCCAUAAGA